AUGAUGCUGAAACAAAUUGAAGUAUCCCUUCUGCUACCUCAGUUGAGAUCAGCUAACUCAGCACAGGUCAUCUCUGAGGAGGCUGAACUGGAUCAUCCGCAGGGCAUUGCCCGUGGACUCCUCAACAUCGAUGACGUACUGGCGGUAAAAGCCUAUACAGCAGGUGUUGGCACAUUAUCCUCCAGUGGAAGCAUCAAAACCAAGUUGGCGUCAACCUUGGCCCAAUGGGAAGUACUCAAGCUAGAAAUAGGCAUCUUGAAUUACCCAACAUCUUAUCAAGAAAACACUGUCAAAGAACAGAUCAUGCUGCAAUAUGCUGAAAAUUUCAGACGACAGUACGUUUAUCUGUACCCGGACAGAAAGCCUCUGUUUCUUAACCCCCUCAAUGAAUGUCGAGUUGAGAAAUUUGUAAGCACCACUCUCCGCCCAACAUUGCUGAAACAUGAGGAACUGUACAACUGGGAAGGGUGUGCCCAGUUUGUGGCUGACUUUCUAAUAGUGGAUUCUUUAGACCCUAUCCACGAUGUGCCAGAUUAUUUGUUUUCCCCAACCACUGUCCUGAAACGUCAGAAAGGAAACUGCUUUGAUUUCAGCAACCUGCUCUGCUCGUUACUGAUCGGCACGGGGUAUGAUGCAUAUUGUGUCAGUGGAUAUGCCAUCAAAGAAAUUUGUCUGGUGGAUGAAACAAGAGAGAUCUGUCCUCUAGUAAAAGAAAUUGACCAAGGUAAAAAAAAACAAGAAAAACCACCUGUGAAGCGAUACGCAGUGAAACCGGUCCGAGAGUUAACGAGCAAAUUUGAAAUGAACCGAGAAGCUCGCAAGCUGGCAAAGAAGAAAGCAGCAGAGGAAAGGAAGCAGAAAGAACUGGAGCGUUUGGCAGAUCUCGACAUAAAGGGAACACAUGAUUUCAUGCAUGGUCUGCGGGUGCACUGUUGGGUUCUGGUGCUUGCAGGCAAAAGGGAAGUCCCAGAGAACUUCUUCAUUGACCCUUUCACAGGAAACAGCUAUAAAACUACUAAUGAAAAGUUCUUGGGAAUCGAGAGCAUCUGGAACCAGCGUAACUACUGGGUGAACAUGCAGGAUUGCAAAUUUGGUUGCAAGGAUAUGGUCUUUGAUCUUGGUGACCCUGUGAGAUGGGAGUACAUGCUGCCUGACACUGAGAAUUCCCAAAUUGCCAUCCCAGAUUCGUAUGAUUACUUUGUAGAUGAGGGUGAUGAUGAUGAUGAGAAUGAAAUGGAAAAGGUUUUUGACAUGCCUCCAUCAUGGGUACAGCAAAUUAUUAUUCCUUCUAAAGACAUUGAAACACGCUGUCCAAAAGGUGAGAAGAUAAUUCAGUUUAAGAAGGCAAAUCUAGAAAAAUAUGCUCCAUACUUGAACAUUGAUGGGAUGGUGAAGCGACUGAUUGAAUAUGAGGACAUUGAAUGUACUUCUUUUGUGAAGGUGACAGAGUGGUACUCGAACAGAAAGGAUAUGUUGGAGAAAAUUGAACGUAACAUGAAAACUCGGACCAUUACAGAGUACUUUAAAAACGGCCGAUACAUGGCUGUCAAUAAGCACGUGUUUCGAUCAUCUGAACCAGAGACUGACCGGACAUUGAAAUACAAUAGCAAGCUGCGUGUGGAUGGGCUAGUGAGCAGAAUGGAAACCCCUACAGAGAUGACAGAGAAAUUCCAGGACAGGCCAGAUUUCCUCAUUUACAGACAAGUAACAUUUAUCAAACGAGCGAGGAAAGUGAAGAUCUCAGGAACUUUUCAAUUAAACUAUCGCACCAUUGUGAAAAUAACAGAACGUUUUGCCAGAAACAGAAAAAUUCCAGCUCACCAAGAUGUGGCAGAGCAAGUAUUUCUGAUCACUCAAGAGCACAUCUAUCUGACCUAUCAUCGAGAGGAUGACAAGAUCACAGCAUUGAAGCGAGAGUUCAUCCUCCCACCAAACUUGUUGCAAAAGGAUGACCAAGAGGUUAACAUGGAGCAGAUUGUCGUCACCUUUGAGGUUGACCCACUGGCGAAGCCUUGUAAGAAUGUGGUUCUGUAUCAGACCAUGAUGCAAUUGUUGAAGACACAGGCUGUGUCGAUGCAAAGCGUCAGAGAUUCAGAGCAUGAGGUACGUGAAUUUCUCAAGGAUAGGGCAGCUGAACGCAAGGCGAAUGAGCUGGUGAUCUCCGUGUACGAUACAGAAAGAAAUUAUAAAGCUAAAGAACACAGAAAGGAGCAGGUGAAGGAGGAACAACGAAUGCGGCGUGCUGAGGAGGAGCUUGAUUACCUUGCACCCUUCCUUGCCCGGCUUGGACAACCCAAAAGAAUUACAAAGAAAGUAGCCUUGACGCUCAGGAACGACUGCCUGACAGACAUGAAGCAGAGGCUGAUUGAUAAAGCCAAUCUCAUCCAAAACCGGUUUGAGAAGGAGGCACAGGAGUUGCAGAAUAAGCAGCAAUGGUACCAGCAGAACCAGAUAUCCAUGACCAAGGAAGAUGAACAGGCCUACUUGGCCUACUGUUCUGAGGCUAUGUUCCGCAUCCACAUCCUUGAAAUGCGCCUCAACAAGCACAAAGAGACAGCACCAAUCAAGUAUCUAGCCCUGGAAGAAAAGAUUCGCAAGGACCCACGGUUGGCCAAGAAAUUAAAGAACUGCUAAACAUAUUGAACUAUCUGUUACAAUGAAAACCAGUACACAGAAAAAAUUGUUUGAUGUGCAGGAUUGCUUUUAUUUUUCUCCAAGCCCACAUUUAAAAUCCAAAUAAGAAGAAAGGUUUAAUAUGAUUGAUUUAACUAUGUUUAUGUUUUAACUAUUGUAUUGGCAUAUUUUUUGUCAUGAAGUUCUGAAAAGCGAUCAGCCUGUGUAUUGCUCAGGUGAAGGAUGCCAACUCUCAUAUGCAAAUAUACACAGAGGAGAAACAUCACCUUCAGGCACUAUCCCUUUACCAAGUUCUCAGCAUAGCCAUGUCACAUGUAAUUUCUCCACUUCUAUUGUAGGCAUUGUGAAAUAUACCUCUAGCUGUU